GGCGCAGUCUUUGUCGUUUGCUUCGUGUUCUUACAGAUGGCCAAGCGAACAGCCAAGGAAGCCGGUCACGACACGCCCGACCAUCCAUCCACGCCCCACACGCGGGAGACUGCCACUACUGGAACACCGCAGCGCAUGACCAGGCAGGCAGCAGGAUCAGCCAAGCCAACGCCCAGCAGCAAGAGCCAACAACGCAACGCGCGUGGCACCGACCGCAGCGCCAGUCCCACACAACACGUUGGCCGUGCGCACGGCGACGAGAAUGAUAGCGAUGAUAAUGCCGAUGAUGAUAUGAGCAUCGAUGCGGCGGACAAGGGCGAUGGCUCCACUGUCAGCUCAGAUCAGAAGCAGGCGAUCCGAGCCGAUGACGCUUUAGCACCCGUCCCAUCUCGUUUGCUGGCCAUGACUAAGGCUCUGGCAAGCCAGAAUAGCAUUGUCAAUGCCUCACUCCACGGUCUUCCAUCCGAUCCGGCCGUGCAAUCCGUGGAUUUUGAGGUGUCGGACUCGGGGGAUGCUGAUAGCGGGUCAUAUCAGCAACGUUCGGCAGAGUCCAAUUUGUGGCGAAGGCUAGCUCGCGGAAAUCAGCGGCUAGGGCAAACUGUCGACAAUACUGCACCAGUCUCAGCAACAAGUUCUCAUUCAUCUUCUGUUGCAGCGAGUGCCGACGCUGCUGUCGCAGUGGAGACGUCGCCAUUUUGGUCGGCAUACCUCCAGUUGAACACUGACGCAUUCGCAAAAGAUUUGGAGCAAUUACGACAAGAGAGCGACAUGACUCCCAGCAAAGUACGUCUGCUUGUAGACUCGCUGCGGGCAGGAGCCGAACUGUGGACUGAGCAAGAGCGCCAAUUAUGGCAAGCCUCGUCCAAUCCGGCAUCCGUCAGCGCCCCGAAGCCCAAACCUAGUGCUGCCACUUCAGAGCCUGUACCCAUGGAUACCACCACGGACUCCAACGACUCGAGCACCGCACCAGGCGCGGAUGCAUCGCGCCGAGAACAAGAACCGACUGCCACCAAGCUCAAACAAGGCAGUGCUGCACCCGCGACUCCUGCCAAGCCUAACGUCAAUAUCGCUCCCGCUUCUACUCCGCGAUCUGAAAAACGCAAAACAAACAGCAAGUAGCUCCUGUUGGUUGUACAAAUAAAUCAACAAAACGAGCCAGAAUAAAAAACAAAACAACACCAACAUCAC